CCCCAAAAACAACCAAAACCUCACCCUCUCUCACAAGCUUAUCCGCACACACAGACACUCUUCAAACACUCUCUCAUGGCUAACAACAACGACCUCACCGAGUCACAGCCCCAACAGGACAACAACGAUGAAGAAGAAGAAGAAGACGAACAAUCCCCCAAGGAAGAAGAAGAACCCGGCUCCGGCUCCGGCUCAGACUCCGACUCAUCCUCCUCCGAAGAAUCCGAAUCCGACUUCGAAUCCGACAACGAACCCGACACCGGCACGGGCUUCAACUACAUCCGCCCAAGCGACCUCCCGCCGGACCCGAACAUAACCCCGGAGACGAACAUCCGGCGCUUCAACCGCCUCCUGGAGGGGAAGCGGAUGAAGCGUCUCCACGAGGAGGAGGAGAGGAAGUACAAGUUCCACGAGGACCUCUUCGACUUCCCCAAGGACCCGGAGAUGUGGAGGGAGGAGGAUCUGAGGGAGGUGUGGGCGGACGCUCCUGUGAAGAUGACGAAACCGGGGUGGGACCCGGCGUGGGCGGAUGAGGAGGAUUGGGAGGUGGUGAAGGAGGAGAUUGGGGAAGGGAGGGAUCCUGGGAUCCAGCCCUUUUAUGUUCCGUAUAGGAAGCCGUACCCGGCGAUUCCGGAUAAUCAUUAUGAUAUUGAUACUCCUAAGGCUGUUGUUGAGGAGCUUGAUAGGAUUGAGGAGUUUCUUCAGUGGGUUAGCUACAUCUUCCCUGACGGCAGCUCGUAUGAAGGCACAGUAUGGGAUGACUUGGCUCAAGGCAAAGGUGUUUACAUUGCUGAAAAUGGGCUUGUGAGGUACGAGGGUGAAUGGCUUCAGAAUGAUAUGGAAGGUCAUGGGGUUGUUGAAGUUGAUAUUCCUGACAUUGAGCCCAUGCCAGGUUCCAAGCUUGAAGAUAAGAUGCGUGCUGAAGGGAGGAUUAUCAAGAGAGAUUAUAUGUCUCCAGAAGACAGGAAGUGGUUGGAAAUGGAUGUCGAGGACAGCAUUGCGCUAACUGAUGGGAAUUACGAAGUUCCUUUCUAUGAAAACCAAGAGUGGAUCACUCAGUUUGGCGAAAAACCGGAGAAAGGUCGGUAUCGCUAUGCUGGUCAAUGGAAGCAUGGUAGAAUGCAUGGGUGUGGUGUCUACGAAGUUAACGAACGCACCCUAUUUGGUAGAUUCUACUUUGGGGAGCUAUUGGAAGAAGAGCAUGGCUGUACCGUAGAUGUUUGUGCGCUGCAUUCUGGUUUGGCGGAGGUUGCUGCAGCUAAGGCUCGGAUGUUUGUAAACAAACCCGACGGAAUGGUCAGAGAAGAAAGGGGCCCGUACGGUGAUCCUCAACAUGCUUACUUUUAUGAAGAAGAUGAUGUGUGGAUGGCACCAGGUUUCAUCAACCAGUUUUACGAUGUACCUGAGUAUUGGGAGGCCUACGUAGAGGAGGUGGAUCAAGAAAGGGAAAUGUGGUUGAACUCUUUUUACAAAGCUCCUUUGAGGUUACCAAUGCCUGCUGAGCUCGAAUAUUGGUGGCAAAACGUGGAGGUGACACCAGAGUUUGUGGUACUGAACAAAGAACCCGAACCUGAUCCAGAAGAUCCAUCGAAACUUGUGCAAAAGGAGGACCCUGUUAUUCUACACACACCAACAGGUCGGAUAAUCAACUAUGUAGAGGAUGAGAAGCACGGGGUUAGACUGUUUUGGCAGCCUCCUCUGGAGGAAGGGGAAGAUGUAGAUCCUUCAAAAGUCGAGUUUUUGCCACUCGGGUUCGACGAGUUCUACGGGAAAAACGUUGCCGCGAGAAAGGAACACCCGGUGAAGAGAUUCGUGCUUGGAAUCGAGAAAGCGGUGAAGCCGAUGCUUGAUGGGAUAGAGAAAUGGACAGAGGAGAAGAAGAGAGAAAACGAGGAGAGGAAGGAGAUGCUGGAGAAGGAGCUUGAGCUAGUUGAGGCCGAGAUCUGCUUAGAGGAAGCUAUAGAGGAGAUGGAUGAGAUACUAAAGAUGAAAGAACAAGAAGAGGAAAAGAAAACUGAGAUGGGUUUGUCUGAAGAGGAUGAAGAAGAUGUGGUGGUUGCUGCACCGGUUGUCAAAGAAGAGAAAGUUGUUGUCACUCCCAAAGAGAAGAAACAGGAAGAAGAUGAAUCCAAAGAUGAUUCAGAUGAUGAUGACGAGGAGGACGAUGAUUCAGAUGAUGAUGAUGAACUUGGACCAUCGAGUUUUGGAUCUGUGGACAAACGAAGUAGGACUUCUCCGUUUUCAGCAUCCUCGUUGUCUUUUGCUACGUGUGGCCUCUUUCCCGCGGUACAAUCAAGACUAGAGAGAUCAUUCCUAGCAUGGAAGCAACAGAGGGCAGAACCAUCAAAACUGAUCCCAGGAAUCAACAAAGGUGGAGACAACGAUGCAUCAGCAUCAUCAAUCCAUUUUCCCCCACUGUCGAGUAACAAAGCUGGCUUGAAGAUGGGGAAGGUAUCGAACCGGGGUUGUAUACAGAGAAGCUCAAGAUCUCAGUCUCAGUUGCUGUCUCUAUCACGUCUCCUAUCGUCCAAUGCUGCGUCAUGUUCUUCUCAUGAUAGAAGCUCCGGUGAAGAUCAAGGUUGGCUCUGGAAAACACCGGUUGAGGAAAGGGAGGCGGUAUUGUCGCUUCAGGUUCAGACAAAGUGUUCCAAUUUGUUUGCACACACUCAAGCUUUGCCGCUUGAGUCUCUCUCAUCUUUUAAGCUUUAGAGUUGAGUUGAGUUUCUUUUGUACCCUUUUGAGGCUGGCUAUACUUCUUUGACGGUGGACACUCUUUUGAAAUUAUUUGUUGUGUUGUAUUGUCAAAAAUAUUUAUCACAACUAUUUAAAAAAAAAAUAAAGAAUU